AUUAUCAGCGAUGGUAGUGUAAAUACUGUUUUAAACAAAGAAAAAUAUGAUAUUCAAUUUGUUUAUCCUUUUGGCUGUAUCUUAAGUGUAAGUAAACCCAGUUUGGCUGCAGUUACAAGUGGUUUAGCAUCGUUUCCAAUUGAUAGACCUAUAAGCGCGCUCUACUAUAAUGAAAAAUCUGAAGGAAGGCUGGUAGCCAUAGGUUCUUGCCAUAUAUUUUCCGAUAAGUAUAUUGAUCAUGACAGCAAUGAUAAAUUAAGAGAAAUUAUUAUGGAUUUUCUGAUGGGACAAGACAGUUUGGUGUUUCCAGCUGCAGAUUACGACGAUAUUGACUUAACGGAUCAUCAUAUAGUAUCAGAAACAGCUAUGCUUGCUGAGAAGCCCAAGCUAUGUCUGAGUGAUGAAGUGGGUCAGAAUAUCGUAGAUUACUCAAAAUUGUUUGACCACAAAAUGUAUUCUAUGAAUACUAUGCUGGUUCCGGAAACUAUUAAGUUAUAUGAAGAACUGGGAACCAAGCACGAACCUUUACGAAUUAUAACUCCAAAAUUUGAAGCUCCUUAUCCUCCUCUGCAACCAGCAGUAUUUCCACCUUCAUUUAAAGACUUGCCACCGCCACCUUUGGAGCUUUUCGAUUUGGAUGAUGCUUUUAGCUCCGGUUUUACAAACUUGGCCCAAUUUACUAAUUCAUUUAUGAUGAAUGAAUCUAAUAGUGAUGAGAAUCUUGAAACCUUUAUUAUAGAAUGUUCGAGGAUUUUAAAUUUCGAGGAAACCAUUGACGUUAAGGAGAUCCUGUAUAAAAUAGGUUUGGAAAUUUCAGAUUUUAGAAGUAUUGAAACUAUAAUAGUUAUUUAACCAACAAGUGUAUUAAUAAGGGCGAUUAACAAUUGAGAUAUUUUAACGCGUGAGCGGGGCGAGCGCGUUAAUGUUCGAGAUUAUUAAUCCCCAUUUUAAUUCAUGAGUUCGUUACAAAACUUUUCCGUCGACCGUACUUUUCAGAAAUAAAGAUACAGUAGAACCCCGCAA